UUGAAACGUUGGACCUCAUGUCGAAUUUCAUCAAUAAUUAACCCAUGGUAGUUCUAUAAAUUCAUGAGAACUUCCAUCAGUCUUCAACCAAGAUUCUCAGUAUGUCACCAAUGGCCGAUCAAGAUCCACCACAAAACAAGCCAUUUACAGGCCAAUUACCAUCAAAUGGAGAAACGACAUUCCGAAUAUGUGGCCGCUUUGGUAACGUGAACCUUGAUGAUGAGCAAGAUGAAACAAAGGCAGAAGAUUCAUCAUCAACGACCAAUAAUUCUACUGAUAGAAAUCAGAAAAAUGCAGAAGUAAUGAUAAGGCAUCUAAUGGAGAAAAAGAGGCAGGAGGAGGGGAACGUGGAGGCGGAUCUUGCUCAAUAUGAGGAGCUUUGGAAGGCUAUAGUACAUGAAGAUUGGAAAGAAGUGAAAAAGCAACUGGAGUUACUUGGCAAUGAUGGUCUUAGAUCUCCAAUAACAGCCUUUUACGAGACAAUUUUGCACAUUUUGGUGAAUUCGGAGAAAGCCCUUUGGCUUGUAGAGGAAAUUGUAAGGAAAAUUGACGCAGAUUCACUUGGGAAAACCGAUUAUCAACAUGACACAGCCCUCAGCGUCGCGGCCUAUGUGGGGAACACUAAAGCUGCGAAGAUGAUGGCCCUCAAGAACCCAGAAUUACUUACAAGGUUUAACUACAGUGGUGAUUCUCCAUUCCAUGCUGCUGCCAGGUUUGGGCACGAGGAAACGAUUCGAUGUCUGUUAUCAGUGGCUCAAACAACUCAAAUGGAUGAUCAGAGCUUCUUCUCAGGUGAUAAUGGCGCUACGAUUGUCCAAUAUCUGAUAUCUGCUAACCUCUAUGGCACAGCUCUUGAUAUGCUUAAACGUUAUCCAAAAUUAGGUCGUGAUAGUCUCAAGCAAAGGAAACGAAUUCUAAAACAAUUGGCUGAAAAGCCUCUCGGAUUUGAAAGUGCAUGUAAGUUUGGACUUUGGGAACGCUUGAUAUACAAAGGCAUUUCAGUGACAAAUGAAGUUGCUAUUCCGUCCAUUCAACCCGAAAAUGAUGAUUCUUUGCGUAUUAAUAUUCUUGAUAAAGCUAUAGAGAAUUCUGCCAAUGAUGGUGGAGAACUUAUCAAGAGCUCAACAAAUUUAAUAAUUUGUUUAAUCUGUCCAAGGGUCGAACGCAUUUAUAAAACCAAGUUGAUGAAUGAGCAAGCUCGUCAAGUUGUCAAAUCAAUGUGUGCGGGAGUUAUUUGGACAUUCGACAAUGACUCAGAUGCACUAAAAUUACCAGUUUUGAAAGCUGCAAGUUUGGGAAUUCUAGAGAUAGUCGAAGAAAUUUUAAAAGUAUAUACAGCUUCAACAAUGUUCUAUGACGAUAACAAUUACAAUAUAUUUCAGCUUGCAGUUUUACAUCGCCGAGAAAAGGUUUUCAAUUUGAUCUACAAAAUGGGUCUAUCCCAAAAAUGGGUGGCAAGUUAUCCAUGCAAGAAUAAAGAAAACAUACUGCAUUUAGCUGGGAGGUGUAUACCUUCUAGGCAUAUUAACGGUGCUGCUUUGCAAAUGCAGUGGGAGAUGCAAUGGUUCAAGGCAGUAGAAAGGUUCGUCCAUCCAUUACUCUUGGAAGAACGAAACAUUGAGAAAAAAACUCCAAGAGAAGUGUUUGAUGAUGAACAUAAGGAGUUGGUGAAGGAAGGGGAGAAAUGGAUGAGAGACACUGCUACAUCAUGUAUGGUUGUGGAUGCACUAAUCAUCGCUAUGGUGUUUGCAGCAAUAAUCGCUGUACCAGGAAACAAUGAGAAGGGAAUACCAAACUUCAGGCAUGAAUCUCUCUUCAAAGUCUUUGUCGUAGCAGAUGCUGCUGCACUCUUUUCUUCUUCUUUUUCAUUACUGUUGUUCGUGCGAAUCCUGACUUCGCGCUAUGCCGAAGAAGAUUUUCUCAAGGCUUUGCCAAAGAGGUUACUUUUGGGACUUAUGACCUUAAUUUUUUCCAUUGCAACCAUGUUGGUAGCCUCCAGCUCAGCCUUGAUUAUGCUCAUAGAUGCAGUCCCUGGUCCUAAGGUGAUGCUUAGAAGGUCGACCAUCGUUCCAGUGACUAUAAUGGCUACUCUUCCAGUUGUCUUUUUUAUAUGGUCACAAUCUUAUCUCCUCAUCGACGUGCUUCUAUCCACUUAUCGGCCUACUAUUAAUUGCUACAAAGGAUGAUGAUUAAGCAAGUUAGUGACCACUAUUCCAUUUCCAUUUCCAGUUGCUUUGCUUGUUUUAGAGUAGUACUCUGGUUCGAAUAAUAUUAUGUUUUUCUAGUUUUAAGCAAUGGAAUCUUUGAAACUCUGGCUUUGUUUUUACCCCCUUCAUUUUAUCCUAAUCAAAGUGCUUAGCAAAACCCAUUCGAAGUUGGUGAUUUUCUCACUUAUCAUCACCAUAUUUAUGCAGAAAUGAAGUCCAAUUUGAUUUUACAUGAAAAUAUUGGUAACUGUAAUUGUAUUACAAGUUGCUAAUAGUGAUACAUUUCAGGUAAAAUGUAUGAAAUCAUGUAGCAUUUGCAUACGGCCGGCAGAACUAAUCUAGUCCACAUCCGAUCCAAAGCCUGGAAGUGUAGCCAUCUCCACCACCUGCUAAGCAUCAAAGGAACUAAAACAGCCCCAUAGCCGGUUGCAAAUCCAAUUGCCAUGAUCACUUAGAACCAAUCCACUUGAAGUCCAUUACCAUGAUCUUUCUUGCCUUCAUUCCUGAUGUUCAGAAUUUCACUAGUUACACUGAAAUGCUCUGUCACUGGAGGUCCGCAAAGCCGGUUGCCGGCGAAACUAGAUGCAUCAAAGCUCUGUAACUGAGUGCUUGAAGGGAUUUUUACUAUCAAAUUGUUAUUUGACAAGUUUAAGCAACUUAAAAAUGUCAAAUUUGUUAUGCUCUGAGGAAUUGAACCGGAAAGUUGGUUCAUAGACAAAUCAAUAGAUUCUACUGAUGUCAUAGCACCAAUGCUUCUAGGAAUGGUUCCAAUCAAAUGAUUAUGUGACAAAUUCAAUGACUUUACUCCUCGAAGCCUAGUUAUUUCAUCAGGAAUCCCUCCAUGUAAUUUGUUCUUUGAAAGGUCAAUAACUUUUUAAAAACUCAGAAUUCGGCCGUAUGCAGCCGGUUUCCCCUUCAUCACAAGAAAUACAAA